AUGGACACAUGUCGGGGCCUCGAACUUGAUUUCUCCGCUAUGAUUCAAUUAUCAGCAGUGGAAUAUCCCAUUACCGUUAAUUCCGGUCUGGUUCUUAUGGGCUAUUCCACUGCAUUGGUUCCUAUCCGAAUCACAACCGACGAUAAGGUUCUGUGGCACCUGGAGACCACUAAAGAUGAUUCGCAAAUCAAGGUGUCGAAAUUAAAAUCUAUCAAGCGGAAAUGGCUUCGAGUUUUUGAGCUUGACCUCUUACAGUCAAGGAAAGCCUUGCUGGGUUGGUGCCAGGAGGCCAACAUUCUCCUAGGAACAGAUGAACUCCCGCCGAAUGUAGCAUGGUCUGACUCGGAGGUCAAACGCGUGUCCUGGCAUUGGAAAGGAGCGAAUGUUCAGUUGCUGGUUCAAUCCGCAGCCCCGAUUCAAGUCGGUGGACAGUUGGGUAUGGCUUUUGACAGGACGAUCAACACCGUCAAGAACGAUCCCUCUCGCAACUAUCUCAAGUGCCUGAAAGGCAGCAUGAUGGAACAGGUCCUUAUUUACGACGUGAGUGCCGGGAGGGCCUGGUUGGUGCCACUGCUCUGUGUCUUCCAUCAUAUGAUGCUAGUCUAUUCAAAGACACUCGGGGAUAGCCUUAGCGUGGCACCCAGAGCCAUACCAGCAUCUGACAGCGCAUCCGCGUCAUACAGAGUGCUAGAAGGCCAGGGCGAUACAGUCCUUGACGGGUCUGGUCGGGACAAGUUGACAGUCCGAGACCUCAUCCUCGGAUUCUCGGUGAACCUCUCACGGAUUGACGUACAGCCAUCGCGAGGUGCGACAAUUUUUGGAUAUGAAUUCAUGGAUAUUGUCAUGGAGUCACCAAGGAUUGAACUCAAGAAGCAACAAAUCACAAAAGACGGCCUGAUGUGGGCGUCUCUUUUGAGUGAAGUGAAUUGUCUAUUUUGCGCCGGCCUCGGGGAUGCGAUCGUCGGCAAGCGCUCGCCAGAUAUACUAUCUCCAUGCAAUCGCAUCCCAGAAGGCUCUGAUUUGAUGGCCGUGUCCAUGUACAGCAUCGAGAAGCUAUCGCAGAAACAUGGUGGACCCCUCCUUGAUUUCAUUCAACGCCUUUCGCAUACACACUACUGGCGGCUGAAAGGACGUCCAUUUCAACCGUGUCAGCACAAGGACGAAAGAGACUCCUGCUGGACGCAUCCGGCUUUUCUUCAAGAGAUCCAUACUCGUCGACCAUCCGCAGUUCCGGGUGAGCGAUGCGAAGAAACCUGUCCCGGAGGAGCACUCGUUUUCGGCGGGCCUCAAAAAUCAAAACUGCACUUUCAGAUGCCUAUUCUGAAUCGACAACCGAUACGGUUGUCUAAGAAAAAGACAGUUUCUGUGGUAUGUGUUGAUACAGACUGCGAAGCUGCAAGAUAA